UCCAAAAUCGUACCUGUCGCAGUCGCCUACAAUACUCAUGGGGUUUUUGAGUUUCAUCGGGCUCAUUGUAGUGUUAAAGUUUCUUGCGUAUUUUGUGUUGUUCUUUACCAGUGAUACAGACUUGGAACUUUGGUUUUAUGACAAGUUCAAGAGAAAUCUUGAUUCGUUUAAAGACAAGGUAGUUUGGAUUACUGGUGCUUCUAGUGGAAUUGGUGAACACAUUGCAUUAAAUCUUUCUAAACAUGGCGCCAAACUUGUUUUGUCUGCUAGAAGUAAAGACAAAUUAUAUCAAGUUAAAAAUCGUUGUAUUGAACUUAGUGAAGGAAAGUUAACUGCUAAUGAUAUACUUGUAUUACCAAUGGAUGUCACUAAUGUAUCCAAACACAAUUCAUUGUUUGAUAACGUUAUUAACCAUUUCGGCAAACUUGAUAUACUUGUAAACAAUGCGGGUCGUUCACAACGAGCUGUGUGGGAAGAUAUUGAACUUGGAGUCGAUCAAGAAUUAUUUGAUUUAAAUGUAUUUCCUGUUAUAAAUCUAUCGAGAAUUGCUGUGAGAUAUUUUAAUCAAGUCGGACAUGGUCAACUAGUGGCCACUUCUAGCAUUGCAGGAAUUAUACCGGCUCCAUUUUCUGCAACCUAUGAUGCAACUAAACAUGCUCUUCAUGGCUAUCUUGGAGCUUUACGUUUAGAAAAAUUGAACACUAAUAUUCACAUUACUCUAUUAUGCCCAGGUCCUGUUUUUACCAAUUUUCUUAAAGAAAGCUUUACAGGUCAACCAGGAGAAAAAUAUGGAUUAACACAUUCACCAACUGACAACAGAAUGAGUGCUGAAAGAUGUGCACAUUUGUCAUGUGUGGCAAUAGCAAAUAAAUUAAAAGAAUCAUGGAUGGCAAAGUUUCCAUUUAUUUUAAUUGUUUAUUUUGCAAUGUACUAUCCUGUGAUAUCAUACAAAUUUUAUGAACUCUACGGCUACAAAACCAUUAAUAAAUUGCGAGACAAUCGAUGAGUACAAUUGUAAUUCAAAACUUGAAGAUAUCAAUGUGUUUUAUUUGAAUUAAUAUUUAUUAAUUUAAACAUAUUUUUUUCAACAACUUUAAAUACAAAUACAUUUUUAUGUU